CAAGGUCACAAUUUCACAAGCCUUAAGAAGGUUUUCAGCCAUAUUGCCAGCAUCAGAAGAUCAGAAGUUCCAAGGAGUAGGUCAGCAUCAUUGGCGGCUGGAUCAAUCUGAAGCACGAAACCACCAAGGGUGUCAUCUGUAUCACUAUUAUGAAGAGAGUCCCAAGAGUCGUAAAGUAGCCAGGUUACGAAAAACUGAAUUUAACGUAUAGGGAAUUUCAAACAGUAGAACUCCGUCUGUUCGGUAAAUAUUUGUGUUGCUUAAUUAUCAAAAGUCAAGAUGUCUGUGGACUGGAAUUCUCAUGAGAUGUCUGUCUGGAAACAAAAAGCAAGAAAUGAGCAGCAAGCUUAUUUUAAUUUGCCUGUUGCUCAUCAAUGGGCAAAUUAUGGACAAUCAGAUUAUAAUAAUCUUAGAAGAAACAUUGGAUUUGCUAUGUUUGGUUUGCCAAGAGAAGAACCAAACAAGAUCUGUGAUUACACGGGAUAUAACAAGAAAGAGCUGUCCUGUAUAAAUACAGUUUUUGAUGUUAUCAAGAAUUAUAAGCAAGAAUACAAAAACAAAGAGGUCAUUUGUGUGCGUUUUAUUUUUGUUUAUGCAAAAAUAGGAGAUAAUGAUGCAGAAUUCUAUGUAAUAGGUGUUCGUAAAUAUGUUUCACGUUUUCGCAUUGAAAACAUUUUUAUUGAUUCUUGUGCCCGAGUGUACAAGAAUUGGCAAGAUUACUUGAAGAACAAUAAACUACCUGAAUGUGCACUUUGCUAUCCAAGGAAUGGCAUGUAUUCUGCAGUGAAUGGACAAGUGCAAGUUGAAUUUGGAAUUUCACCAGCUGGCGAGAUCAGUAGCAAGGUUCUGCAAGGCUUAGACAUAACAGGAGGAGUGCUUGGAUUAGGUGCUUCAGGGAUUGCAGUUGCAUCAUUAUUUAUGCCUGUGGCAUUUCCAUUCAUUUUAGGUGCAGGAGUAAUCUGCGCAUCAGCUGCCUUGUAUUCCAGUGGACGUAGCAUAGAAACUCUCGUGGAUCGUAGUCAGCAUCAUCAGAGCAUUGGUCUGGAUAAUUCCGAAUCCCGUAACUGUUGGUUGGGUAUUGCAGGUGGCACAACGGCUUUGGCUUCAGGAUGUGCCGUUGCAGCGGCCAGUAGAAUGGUUCAGGCAGGUGAGACAAUUUCUGUGGCAGGACAGAUCGCUCUGAAAUCAGCAACAACCAUGUCCUCUAUUCAAAAUGCUCUGGGAGUAGUGAAUGGACUGACUCACAUUAUUGAGAAAGCGGUCAAUGAGGAAGAAGUGACAUCUUUGGAUGUAUUCCAGUUUAUGUCCUCUGUUCUCUUCUUUACAAAUUCUGUUAUUUCCGCACAUCAGGCACGUUGCCUAAUAAGGAGCAUUCAAAGAAAUGGUACAGAAGGAUCUGUUACUAUCCGUGGAGUUAUCACUAAUUAUUUCAUUGGGCGUACACCCACAUUAGUCUCGCAAGCUGUGCAAGAGACACUGCUUAGUAUCUGGAUAUGGGUAAGGAAAGAAUUGAGUGCCAUUACCAGUAGGCUACUGAAAGGGCUUGUGGCUCUAAAGAUGUAUGUAACGGAAGUUUCAGCUCUUUUGCAGACUUUGUGGGAAAAAUGGAAUGAAGAAAUAUAUGUUGUUCUUGGUAUGAUAUGCCAACAAUAUGGCGUAAAGAAUUGGUCAGAUAUUAUAGUGAAAGGUCGCAGAAUUCUGGAGCAUAUUUCUAAGGAUGAUAUGAGAAAAUUAUGUGACACUGUAAUUGCUGAAACAAGAUCACAGGGAAACUGGGAAACUGCAGUACGACCACCUGAACAAAACCGGGUGACUUCUGAAGGAAAUGAUAUCGGGGCAAACACCAUUGUUCAUGAAGAGCCACAAACUACUUUAGCUCGUGAAAUAAUUAAGAUUCAUGCAAAGUCUGUAGAUUUUCAAGAGGUCGAAACUGCAGCAGAGUUCUUUAAGUACAUGAAGUUUAUCUGCAAAUUUGUGAAAAAUGAAUUUGAAAAGGAAAAGUUGAAAUAUGAAGAAACGUUGAAAAUUGUACAAACAUUUUCUCCAGGUGUGAACAUAAAGGACUUUGAUGAAAAGUAUGGUAUUUUUGGAGACAGAAACAAUCAUUUCCGUCAGCAGGUGUUCAACAAAUUUAAACCUGGAGCACAGGAAGGUUGGUUUUCGCUAAAGUUGGCCUAUGACUCACAGAAAGCUGUCACUUCAGCACAAGAAGAAUCAGGAGGGAAUUUCUUUGAAACUGAUGAAAGUACUCAUACAUUCCACCCUUUUGGAAAUAAGAAAGGAUUAGCCCAUGAUGGAAUGCUGAGUAAAGAGCAGUACUAUAAGAUUGCAGCAGAAUUAACAAAGCAGCAUGCUAAUAAAGAAAAUACGUCACUAACUGUGGAGGGUAAUACUGCAGUCAUGCUGGUUAAUAAGGGUGAAUUUGUCAUAACAGUAAAUAGCUACCUAGAGAAUAGAAAAGUUUCUGGCAUUGCUGUUAUGUUGCACCGUCCUCACGAUGGUGACAACUAGACCAUUCUGCUGAACUCCUAAAUUUCCUGCCUUUGUUUAUUUUUACUCAGCACUGAUAACAUUGUAGACCCUUCAACUUUAUCCAUUGUUUAGUUGGAAUAUUCAUGAAAACUGCUGUUAUUUUUCAAAUUCUUGGAACCCUGGUCUUACAGAAUAUUGUAUCUUCCAAGAUGAACAUCUCAUUAACAUUUAUCGCCAUAUAGAAUUUCUGACACACUUAAUGUGUUAUUCCAUAUCCUUACACCAAUACACUGAGUGGCAAAGUGGUUGUUGUUUAUAAUGAUGAUUGUGUUAAUAAGAAACUGUUUUUAACAGUAAGAGGUAUUAGGAAAUGUCCAGAACUCUCAGCUGCUAAUUUAGUAAAUUUUCAGUACUGUCAUACUAUUCAUGGAAAGCAAUGUUUUGCCACUGUACCUAAAUUUACCUUCUUUGGUUUUAAUCAGUUAACGUCGAACAAACAUCUGCAACUUAAAAUAUCUCAUUGCUUUGAAUUUUUCUGGUAAAGAUAUUUGCCAGGUUCAAUGCUAAAUUAUAACUGAAAAUGUUGCAUUUGAAGUUUACAGUGGUGACUGUGAAGAGCAUGAACAUCGGGGUUCAAUUAAUUAUUGUACUGGACCUACGCAAUGGAUUCCAUGGCAACCCGUGAGCCUCUUUUGGAUCUUCCUUUCAUGAAAGGUCCAAAAUCUUGGCACCCUUCAUGGCUGUUAGAAACUCUUUCCUGUUGGCACAGACUGUUCCACAGGCCCCAAUGCCAUUCUGUGCUAAGAUAUUCGAAAAGACCAAUGCUGGAAUAAAAAUUAUCCAUAUAUAUUAUGUGGCCUUUGUUUUUUAUAUCUUUCAUAAGUAUUCUUGCAACUUGUGCUGUCAAUAUAUGUGUGUUCUCUGGCUGGACCUGGAUCUGCUUCUUUGCCAGUAUAAACAGUAAAGCACAUCAUGUAUCCAGUAUUUCUGUAACACGAUUACCAAAUUUGUAUACCCUAUUUAGCAAUGGUUUUGCAGACAUAUAGUGCUUGAAAGACAAAUACUUUCAUCAGUUGACACCCCUGUGCUCUAUUCAGAAACAUCCAUGUAAGUAUCCUUGGUGAGGUUAAUUAUUGGGCACAUUUUGAAGAGAGCUUUAUAGAUCUCUCUUGCUUUGUAGCGCUACACAGCCAGAUCACUGAAAUGUAGAAAUAACUGUAGAAAUUGGUAUUUGUCUCUGCUAAAUAUUUCUGAAAAUCCAGGAGUUCUGAUUAGCUACUAUGUGCCCUGAAAGUAGUCUCAAGUGGGUUUCUGACAUAAUCCCACUUCCACAUCUGCCGCAUCAAGAACUCUCUUAUUUCAUGUGUUAUUUAUUUCCAUUGCCAGUCUCUUGACAUAAUUGAGUAGUUCACAGUGCUGCAUAAGCAUUCAUUUUCUUGGCUACCAGGCCAUAUAUUUCAAAGGGAGUGACUAAAUAAACAUUGAAAUGGUUAACAGCCCAGUUAGAGUCUCCUCAGGCUUUGUUUUCCAGCAGGAGGAGGCAUAGACUCUAAAUUUAUAUGCUUAACCAGUUUCACAACACAUGGGUUCAUUCCAGUAAUUCACUUUAUCAUUCGAAUCUCGUCGGUCACGUGUGUAAGUUCAAAUCCCACUUCUGACACCAGUGUAACGUGUUUCCGUUACUGAUCCCACUUCUGACACCAAUGUAACGUCUUUUGAGUUCGAAUCGUGUCAGUCACGUGUGUAAGUCCAAAUCCCACUUCUGACACCAAUGUAACGUGUUGGGUUACUGAAGACGCCGUAGAG